GUUAUUCCUCUUUUAGCUCUCGAGUCUCGACAGUUGACAGUCGACAGUCGGCCCUUUCCGCAAGCCCUUUCGCUUCUACUUCUGCUAUUUCUACUCUUCGACUAGGGCUUGAUCUCAGAAUCUUUCUCCAAAAGGAAAAAAGGAAAAAGAAAUUCGAGAAUGUCGAACUUUUCCAAUCAGAUCAGAGCGUCCUCCGCCCUGAUCAAACGGCUGAGACAAAUGAGUAGCAAUCCGGUGCUGAUGCGGGCCCGAUCGUUCACCACGACCGAGGGCCACCGUCCAACCAUCGUGCACAAGCGCAGCCUCGACAUUCUCCAUGAUCCUUGGUUCAACAAAGGAACAGCGUUUACCAUGACGGAACGGGAUCGUCUUGAUCUUCGGGGGCUUCUACCUCCGAAUGUUAUGUCUUCUGAGCAGCAAAUUAAACGAUUCAUGGUUGACCUGAAGAGGCUUGAAGUGCAAGCAAGAGAUGGACCAUCUGAUCCAAAUGCUCUGGCAAAAUGGCGGAUACUCAACCGUUUGCAUGACAGAAAUGAGACUAUGUACUAUAAGGUUUUGAUUGACAACAUUGAGGAAUAUGCGCCUAUAGUUUAUACUCCAACUGUAGGUCGGGUUUGCCAGAAUUAUAGUGGUUUGUUUCGAAGGCCAAGGGGAAUGUAUUUCAGUGCGGUGGAUCGUGGAGAAAUGAUGUCUAUGGUUUAUAAUUGGCCAGCUGAUCAGGUUGAUAUGAUUGUUGUCACAGAUGGAAGCAGAAUACUGGGUCUAGGAGACCUUGGAGUUCAGGGAAUUGGAAUUGCAAUUGGGAAGCUGGAUCUAUAUGUUGCUGCUGCAGGGAUAAAUCCUCAAAGGGUACUUCCUGUCAUGAUUGAUGUGGGAACUAACAAUGAGAAGCUGCUCAAAGACCGCUUGUAUUUGGGAUUGCAAGAACAUCGUCUUGAUGGUGAUGAAUAUAUUGCCGUCAUUGAUGAAUUCAUGAAUGCAGUGUUUACUCGUUGGCCAAAUGUGAUUGUGCAGUUUGAAGAUUUUCAAAGCAAGUGGGCCUUUAAGUUGUUGCAACGUUAUAGAAAUACUUACAGAAUGUUUAAUGAUGAUGUCCAGGGAACAGCAGGAGUUGCAAUUGCUGGCCUUUUAGGAGCUGUUAGAGCACAAGGAAGGCCAAUGAUAGACUUUCCAAAGCAAAAGAUUGUUGUCGCUGGUGCUGGAAGUGCAGGAAUAGGGGUUCUUAAUGCCUUAAGGAAAACAAUGGCAAGGAUGUUAGGAAAUAAUGAAUCUGCUUUUGAGAGUGCUCGGAGUCAAUUCUGGGUAGUUGAUGCCGAGGGCCUGAUCACGGAGGAUCGUAAAAAUAUUGAUCCAGAUGCACGCCCAUUUGCAAGGAACGUCAAAGAAAUUAAUCGUCAAGGCUUAAGGGAAGGCGCAAGUCUUGUGGAAGUGGUACGGGAAGUGAAGCCUGAUGUGCUUCUUGGAUUAUCUGCAGUUGGGGGCUUGUUCUCAAAAGAGGUAUUAGAGGCCCUUAAAGGUUCGACAUCGACAAGACCAGCCAUCUUUGCAAUGUCAAACCCUACAAAAAAUGCUGAAUGCACCUCUGAAGAAGCAUUCUCCAUUGUGGGCGACAAUAUUAUAUUUGCAAGUGGAAGCCCAUUCAAUAAUGUUGAUCUUGGAAAUGGUCAUAUUGGCUACUGCAACCAGGGAAACAACAUGUACCUCUUUCCAGGCAUUGGACUUGGUACUCUUCUAUCUGGCUCCAGGAUCAUUUCUGAUGGCAUGUUACAGGCUGCGGCAGAGUGCCUAGCUGCAUAUAUGACUGAAGAGGAGGUUCUCAAAGGGAUUAUAUACCCUUCAACAUCUAGAAUACGAGAUAUAACGAAGGAGGUAGCUGCAGCUGUGGUAAAGGAAGCUAUAGAAGAGGAUCUAGCAGAAGGAUACCGUGAAAUGGAUGCCCGAGAACUACGGAAACUUAGUCAGGAAGAGAUUGUAGAAUUUGUGAAGAACAACAUGUGGAGUCCAGAGUACCCGACAUUGGUUUACAAGAAUGAUUAAACAACCCCUACCAGAUUGUAGAAUUUGUGAAGAACAACAUGUGGAGUCCAGAUUACCCAACAUUGGUUUACAAGAAUGAUUAAACAACCCCUCCCCCCCUCCCCAUACCCUGCAGAGCAGAACAACAGCAUGUUUAUUUGUAUUUUAUUCUUGCUUAAUUUAUAUGUAAAUAGCAAGGCUCUGUUUGAUAAUAUGUGUUUUGGGGGGUGUUUUUUGUUUUUAGUAUGAAAAAAUAUUCUUAUGUGACAAAGGUAAAAACUGUUUUUAUGAGUUUGUUAA